UACAGCUCUCAGCAGGAAGAUGAGCUGCAACAAGAUAUGUUCCGUUUUUGUGACGGUGUUCUGUGUAACCAGCUUGGUUGUAGCAAACCCAGUAGAAUUGAUCCCCCGUCAGAUAGCAGCCAGACAACAGGGGGGUGCUGUUCUUUUUUAUGUUGCUUUCCAGGGCCUUCUGAGAGAUAUUCCGUUCGACCCAAUCAUCUUCAAAGAGGUGAUAGUGAACCAGGGCUCGGCCUACAACAAUGACACAGGUUUGUUCACCGCACCGGUCGCUGGCAUCUACCAGUUUGUGUUUGCUGCCCAGCUCUGCCGCGGAGACCAGAACAACGUAUGGAACUUCAUGGUCAACGGGGUCCAGAAGAUGGCCUGCCAUGCUCAGGUGUCUGGUCAGGAAACAACCCUCAACACCUGCUACUGCAUGAAGAAACUGAAAGAAGGUGACCAGGUGUGGAUAAAGCAGCAUGCGGGGAGCUGUGCCUGGGCAAGCACUAUCUCCAAAACCAUCACCUUCUCCGGCGUCCUGUUGGCAAGUGAGGGUGUGUCCACCCUGGGACGGAAGUAUGGCUCCGGCAGCUCCUGUCCACUGCCCAGCCUGGGCCUCCACAGGGACAUGGUGUCCAGCUCUGUAGGCCAGAGGGUCUCUUUGUCAAGUGUGGCCAUCACUCUGCUGCUCUGCUGUCUCCUCUGGGAUUAA